AUGAGCAACCCCCAAUCGAACACGUAUCCGUCUAGUCCACCAACGUUGACGGCUACCAGCAGCAGCCAGUCAACCACAACCGCCGGCCAAAGUGCUUACCAAACCCCAACCCAGGCGGGCAAGCCUGGAUUCGUGACUCUUGCCGACUUGUUCAACGAAGUCCCUCUCGACUGGAUCGUGACGGCGGCCAAUGAAAUCCUGAAGCAUCAUACAGACUCUUCUUGCUCUUCUUGGGGUCAGUUGCAGCCCCACAAAAAAGUUGCUCUUGCAUUUCUUAUCUACAAAAAGCAGCACGAGUGGCUUUUACGCAACAAUUACAAUCAAGACAUGGGGGCGGUGGCGACCGCAAUGAUGGAAAAAGUGAACCAGAUAUGUUGGAACCCCACGAUCUACUCUCCACUUGCGGCCUUUCUCCGCAAAGGAGGUGAUGGAAUCCUCUCUAAGAACGAUGCCGAAGACCGCGAUUACUGGGACGAGUUUUUGACCAACCAUCCAGACUGGCGUGGCUGCGAGAACGUCUUCACUAUUUUUACACACAAAGGCACAUCUGGAAAUCGCGUGGAGAAGCCUUUUGUCCGUUUUCAGGAAAUGAACUCCAUGAUAUGCUUCAUUAUCAGCGCCGCUCAAGUCCUUCUCUAUUGCAUGAUGCAGAGAACUGGAGAGGAUCUGGAGGCAGGUGUCAAACAUUGGGGCAUCAACAUUGGUCGUUACAUGCGAAACAACCUCACAGAGGAACAGGUAUACCGGACUAUCUUCCUCGAAGAUGGAUGCUACCCGCAACGAAUCCUCGAGACAUUGCUGACGCAUACAUGUAGCGUCGUUCAUCAUCCCGAUGCUUGCGCACAACGUAGCCGUAAAAUCGACAUUGACGAAGAUGACGAAGAAGGCAGCAGAUUUCUUGCCAAAUCCACCCAAAAGCAGUUGAAAAAACGUGGAGCACUCCUUGUAUGUGGCUUGCGCACAUUUCCGGAUUUUGAAGACCCUAACAAGACGGAAUUUGGUGGAGAUUGGAACAAGUUGAAAGCCGAUCCUGCUGGCACCAGUCGGCACGCUGCGGUGAUCGUCGGGGUUAUGCCCACUGGAGAUGACAACUUAAUGGGUGGAAUCAAGUUCCUUUUGCAAGACACCUUACCUGGACGUCCUUUUGUUAGCAUGGGAAUUGAUCUCUUGCGCAGCAUGGGAAUCAAAGACUUCGAGGGUGUGGAAGAGGAUGCCUCCUUCCUUGGUACAACUGAUUUGCAUAAUCUCGACGUCGGUCCUGGUCGAAUCGUUUCUUGUACUAGUACCAGUGGAAGUCCUCAUGCUUCCAAGACGUCGACACCAAACGAAAUUGUGUGUCCGGAGUAUGAAGCGCUCUCUCACCGGUCGUCAUCUCUAUCUGACAAUCAGGACAACAGCCAGGAGGCAAGUGCUAGCAAAGAAGCCUCGACCAAGCCUGAUUUUAUUGGCUUUGACGACUUGAAAAACGGAAAGAUCCGUGGGAAUUUUAUUUGUCGGACCUGA